CACUGGGCAGUUUUUACUCGCGCAUUUAUCGCCCAUCAAAUCCAUUCUCAUACCAACACGGUCGCCAUUACGAUUUUCCUUGCUUCGCGAGUCGCGGAUUGUUCUUUCUGUGCCCGUGUAAAAUAUAGCGAAUGUCGCGAGUGCCGUGAGAUCGAAAUUACCGUUCCGGAGUGGGGUGCUUUUGGUGGAAGCUAAGGAAGCAAGAAUAUGCUCGGAAAAAGAUGGCCAAUUAGUGAAUCGUCAUCGAGAGAAGAAAAGGUGAAAAGCCGUGGUGCAAAAGUGAAGUGAUCCGCAUCAUCGAAAAAAUGCGACCCUAAAAAGAGGAAAAUAAUAUUCCGCUCUUACUGAUUCGCGCGAUGAAACCUGCAGUGGAAAAGCCCGGCCCCGAAAGUGGCCAAAUUGAGUACGGUGCGAAAUAUUGUACGGGGGAAGAAAAGUUCAGUGCCAGCAAUAAUAAUUGUGUUGGUGGAGGAGGAGUGAAAACAGAUUCCCGCAAGGGACCGGAAGAAGUGGCCGCGGAAAGUCGAGCCAAGGCAACAAACUUAUCGGCCGUAUUGUCCGGCUGUGGGGUUGGUCCAUAUUCGGUGGCCACGACGGUAGAAUCCGCCACGAAGAAAACGAUGGUGGUCGUGGAAGUGGCCGCUUCUAGUUCUGCCUCUGGAAGUGCUGCCGGGGGACCAGAAGAAGACGAAGUGGCUUGUGUGGGGACACCGAAGGGGGGCGAGAAGGCGUCGAAAGCUCACGUAGACACUGGCGCUGGGGCCGCGAAAAAGACGUCGUUCGCUAAAAAUAAUGAUAAAUGCGACACACCGGCGAAGGAAAUCAUCGUUUCGUCAUCGCGAGCUGAUAAUGAACCGUCCCGGAGUCACAAGAAGAAGAAAAGCAAGGACAAGGACCGAGAUCGAGAAAAAGACUACAAAAAGCGUCGCCACUCGAGUGAUCACAGCAGCGCGGUCAGCAGCAGCAGCUCAACCGUCCAUUCGAGCUCGACGGCCACAUCAAGAGACAAAUCAGCAAACUCAUCAAUCCAGAACAAAGAGAACCAACACCACCACCAUGUGCAGCACAAGGUGGACCGACCGGAAAAAAUCGCCGUUCCGGUGGACUUUCCGGUCCAAAUCAAACAAGAACUCUCGAUCGAGACGAACUCCGUGGCGCUGCUCAGCAGUCCCGGAGGAGUGCCGGCCCCGGCGGUAGCCGCUGUAGCUGCCGCCGCAACCGGAACCCCAAUAUCGCCCAUCAAUUUGCUGUUGAAUCUGGAGCGUAGUAAUAGCGAUGGCGGCUCGAUCAAGAAACAAGACGUUUUCAUCAAGAAGGAGUAUAAACCACUGAAACCGGAGAAAUCCCGCGACGACGUGUCGCGGACACUGAACUUUGGCGAAGGCAAUGGCCCCGUCAGCACCAGCACUAGCAGCAUAAGCAGCACCACCAGUAGUAAUGGCAGCAACACCAGUGCUAUCGGCAGUACAACUAACUUAACUAGUAAUAAGAACUCAAACAUUUUGAUCAAGAUCGAAUCGCCCAAAAACGUGGACGAUAAGUCAACUGUGGUGAAGAAAGAACUUCUUUCCUCCGACGUUGUAAUGACCCCGGAAAAACUCGUCAAUGGCGGUUCCGCGACAUUGACCAUCAAACAGGAACCAAUCGUUGAGAAAAGUGCCUCCCACGACCAUCAUGGUCACAAAUCGUCGUCUCAGCUUGGAAGUAGUUGCAGUAGCAGCAAGCUUUCCAGUUCAUCUUCGUCCACUUCGGUGCACAAGAGUAGUAGUAGCAGCAGGGACAGGGAGUGUUCACGUUGCUACAAGCGAUCCAAAAUCAAGCGGGCCAAUAUCGGGAUUCAGUGCAAACGAGACAAGGUGGAAACUCCUUUGAGCAGUGUGAUGCCAGUGGAACCGUGCUCAAGGAUAGCAACGGCCAACCGGGACAUGAACUGUCACCGAAAGGGGCUGGAUCACCUCAAGUAUGGUCGGUUUAUGCGGAUAGAGGUGCACCCGAAUGGUGGCGCAUCAGUCGUUCACAUGUAUCAGGACGAAAUUAGUGUCCUGUCGGAGACCGAGAUGGAAGAACUGGUGAACGAAUUCUUCGAGGUGUGUUUUAGCGAGGACGAAGAUGGCUAUGCCGAUCACGUCAUGGGAAUCGUACAUAAUGCGGCUGAAUAUCUGCCGGACCUGUUGGAGCACAUGGCAGAGAACUAUGCCAAUCUGACGGUGAAGGCGGGUGUGUUGGGCAGGAAUUCGGACAUCGAAACGUGCACCAUGUUUCAGUACAAUGAGCAGGUCGUCAAAAACUACUCGCACGGAACGGUGCGGUAUGGACCGCUCCACCAAAUCAGUUUGGUGGGAAAAGUUCACGAGGAAGUCGGAGGCUAUUUUCCCGACCUGCUGAAGCGGCUCGAGCAGAAUCCUUUCCUCAAUAAGGCCAUGCCGUGGGGACAGUUGUCAAUUGUACAGAUGGAUCCGCGACUGUCCAACGAUGGUCCAAUUUUGUGGAUACGGCCCGGCGAGCAGCUGGUCCCAACUGCUGAAAUCAACAAAACGCCGAUGAAGAGACAAAGGACUCGAAUCAACGAGCUCCGCAACUUGCAAUAUCUACCUCGGCUGUCUGAGGCCCGUGAAACGAUGAUUGAUGACCGCACCAAGGCUCAUGCCGAUCACGUCGGUCACGGCCACGAUCGAAUGACCACGGCCGCAGUUGGUGUCCUCAAGGCCGUCCGCUGCGGAAUCCCGGACGAACUGAACCGGAUCACCAAGGAUGUGGUGGCAUUCGAUGCGCACUGUUUCCCUCAUCUGGUGGAGAAGUUGCAGCUGGAUUUGCACGAACCGCCGAUUUCGCAGUGCGUCCAGUGGGUGGAGGACGCCAAGCUGAACCAGUUGCGGCGCGAGGGAAUCAAGUACUCGCGGAUAUCCCUGUACGACAACGACAUCUACUUCCUGCCGCGAAACAUCAUUCAUCAGUUCCGGACGGUGACGGCGGUGACCAGCAUUGCCUGGCAUUUGCGAUUGAAGCGCUACUAUCCGGAUCAGGAGAUCGUGCAGGAGAUUGCCAAUGGGUACGAGGUGGAUCCUCCUCACUACAAAGAAAAGCAAACGAUCCUGCCGCACCCGAUCUCGGCGGAAGAGAAGAAGAACACUCCGGUCAAACGAACGCACGAUGGCAAACCAAAGAAAGCGGAAAAGAAGGAUUUGGGGGCAGUUCCGGCGGCGGCUGCAGCUGUUGUAGAAGCCGUGGCGGAAGGUAUUGUGGAAGAAGUAAAAGAGGAUAAAUUGGAGAAGAUUGAAGAGGAGAAGCAAAGCGUGGAGGCAAAGAUAGAUAUGCGGAAACUGGUAAGGGAUGACAAGCCAUUGAAGAAGAGUAGUGCGAGUCAUAAGCACUCGUCUUCGUCUUCGUCGUCGCAUAAGCAUCAUAGCGGAGGUAGUAGUAGUAGUAGCAGUAAGAAGGAUAAGCAUCGCUCGAAUGGAGAGCGAGAUAAGGACAAGGACAGGGACAAAGCGCGGGAUAAGGAUAGGGACAGGGAUCGCGAUCGAGACAGGGAUAGGGAGAAGGACCGAGAAAGGGAUAAGCAUCGCCACCACAAACAUCAUUCCUCUUCGAGCAAGUCAUCUAGCUCUUCAUCGAAGCAUGUGCCGAGUAGUGAGGAUCGGAAGCGGAAGUUGUCCUCGUCAUCUUCGGAGCGUCAUCCGCACAGUGCCAGCAGCAGUCGGCGGGAAUCGACUUCGAGUGUGACAAAGGAAAAGGAUAUCAAUGCUGGUCUGGUACCGGUUCCGGUUCCAUCUGUCGCCGCUGAAAUCGAAAUCGAUAACGUUGGCCAAGUGCUCCUGGAAGAGACAACGAUCCCCGCAUCAGCACUCAAUAGCAAUUACGAGUCUGUGAUAAACUGUAACGACGAAGCCAAGCUUACGGUCGCAAUGGAAACAACCAUCUCUGCUGAGGGAGACGAGAUUAGCACCGAAACGUUGCUAAUGCUAAAGUCGGAGGAAGAGAUCAUCACCACUACCAUCGUGGAUGAUGAUCAGCACUUGCAUUGUGAAUCGAUCUCCGGCACAGUCGAGUUCCAGAAUGAACUUACACCACCUCUACCGCCUCCACCACCACCACCCGCCGAAGUAGCCCCACCUUUGCCGCCCCUACCAUCCGCACCGGCCCCAGAAAUCCCUACCAAAGGAACGUACAACCAUAGCACCGGUGGCGAACACCAACCAUCGACACCAAAAGUGAAGAAAAGUAUUCAACUAUCAUCGUCAGUAGUGUCGAGCACCAAUCACUCACAAAGCAGCAGCAGCAUUGGCGGUCACAAACACGCGCCAUCUGCUUCGCCGUCGUCAAAAUCCGUCAGCACAGCAACACCUUCCAAAAAAUCCAGUGAUCUGCUCAGUUCCAUCAUGGCGAGCAUGGAGAGCACACCAAAUCGCAAUGCAAGCAAUUUCUAAGCUUUCUUCGUUUCGUCCCGUUCCGUUUUGCUUUGUUCAAUCGUUCGAUUUUCAUUGUUCUUCGUUCUAUCAGUGUCUCUAAUUCUUGCAAUUUUCUACCACGCCGUCUGUCGUUAAUUUUCAGCAAAGGAGAAAAGUUGUGCUUACACUUUAUACUUAACUAAAGAGAAAGUGUGUGUAUAUUAAGAUGUAAUGUUUAGAUAAUCAGUUGUAAGUUAAAAAUUGGACACAAAUUUUAUCGAUUCGUCAACAGUAUUUUUAGUGUGUGUAGGCGCAGAUGCCUACAAAAUAAAAGACCUACUGGAAAAGUUGUCGCGCAAGCGCCUAAAGUACAGCAUUGUUUAAAUAACUGUAGAUAACUGUAAAUACAAUCAAUGUUAUCAUCCACUUUGCACAGCUUUUCUGCCUGCGCGGACAAACUGAAAAGGUACACCACAAAAAGAUCACACUGCCACCAACUUUCUUCAAAUGGUUAAACAAGCAAAAACAAAAAAAUUGGACGAGCAAAUAUUAAGGAACCCACAAAACAAAAAAUUAUCCUAUCGUGCUCUCACGUCGGUUAUCAUUGACGAUCUCCCAUUGUUUAGGAACCAAGCUUACCUACAAAUCAAUUUGGGAAUAGCUCGGAAACUUUCCUUAGCAUGUUAUUACAAAAUGUGUAGAAGUACGAACCUAUCAAAAAAAAACUUAUAUUUACACGAAAACUUCACACAACACAUCUAAAACACCCACACGAUCGCAUUGUUCCAUUGUUUCAGUGAGUAACAUAACACACAGACAAGAAACUCACCGAAACAAGAUGUAAAGCAAACGUACACACAGCAUAUUUCGCUCUACUUAGAAAGGAACAUCAACGAUAAGAAGCAAAGAAAGCUAUUUCUAGCUCUAAGAAAAAAAAAGAUAAACUAGCAAAUAAGUCCAAAAAACAUUUAAAGUUGAUAAGUAGAUCUAGAGUCAAGAGCAUAAUAUUCAAAACAACUGAAUAUAGGAAAAUGUUACUUUUCCCCUCACUUUGAUGAUCUGUUAUGCGCUGGCUAACCUUAUUUAUAACGCUAAAAUGCCCCACAAUUUUGUAGAACUCCAACCCCCUUUGGGGUGCUGGCUAUAUCUCUUCUACUAGCAAUUACGAUGUUUGAUAGUUGCGCUCUCCACAACCUUUUUGGACGAUCAUUGUCUCGGUCGCUGUAAUAUUCAAGCUUCUCGGUAAGUUAAAUUAUUAUUUAGAAAAAAAAGCAUAAGGCUCAUAUUUUAAAGAAUAUACACACCUACAAACACACAAGCCGUUGAUUUAAAGUAACUUAUUCAGCACGCGAUAUUUGUUUAUUGGUCUCAAGCCCCUCAAAUAGAUAUUUGCCCCUUUCCUCUCCUUUCCCCCCACAGUGAAACACACAUCGUUAAAAUGAGUCACUUUUAAAAUAUGGAGAACUCAGCUGUUCCGCCAUUUUUUAUAUUGAAUUCGUUUUUCGUUAGCGCUUCCGUGUUAUUGUCUAAUGUACCGUAUUGCAAAUUAAUAUUAUUUAUACUAUCAAAAAACGACAGCAACUAAUAGCCCUCCCCCACAAGUAGAGAUUAGAGCGCGUCGCAGUAUGUAUAUUUUAUUAUACAAUUUAAAACAGAAAAACUGAGUAAGAAUUUAUCUCUAUCCACAAUCCCCGGUUACACACAACACAACAUCUGUAAAUUUUAAGAGAGUAAUCAUAAUGAAAAACAAUAAAAACGAUACUGUUUGCGCAGUAUUAAAGGUGUAAGAGAAAACUUAAAA